AUGCACUCCUUCCAAUUUCCUCUCUCGUUUCUUCCUUUCGUCACUUCCACGGUUCUUGCAGGCACAGCCUGCUAUCUCCCCAACGGUGACCAAGGCACCGACAUUCCCUGUAACUCCAGCGCUCCCGUAAGCACCUGUUGCAAAGACCUCGAUGCAUGCCUCUCCAAUGGCCUCUGUAAAUGGGAAGUGACUGAGGACACUGGUGUGAGCUUUGCUCGGGGGACUUGCACGGACCAGACAUGGACAAGUCCGCUGUGUCCUCCCAUGUGCCACUAUAACAAUCUAACAACGAAUGACCCAUCGGCAUACGACUUCCGUCGCCACGGCGUCCAGGUCUGGGAAUGCGGAUCUCAAGGCUUUGCCAAAGAAGCUGCGUACUGUUGCGAGUCAGAGCAUGAGAGCCAGCGGUGUUGCAGUACUUCGAGUGCGGUGUUUCGUCUCCAAGGUGCAACUAUUGGGCCGUUUACGGCUACUGCAUCUAACGCUACUUCAUCCUCAAGUUCGAAUUUUACAACCACUCAAGUUAUUACAUCUAUGACCAGCGUGCCCAAAACCGAACCUACAAGAGCCAGAGCUAGCUCUACUACCACUGCCAGCGUUCUCACCGACCCCUCAUCCGAGCCCACAACCACAGCCGUCAAAAUUGGCGCUGGGAUAGCUGGGGGGUUGGGAGGUAUCAUCAUCAUAGCUUUAAUUAUACUCCUAUUCCUUCGGCAACGACGACACAACCAAAUCAUCCACUUUCUUCAGCAACGCCAAAACACAGACUUAGGCCCAGGUGCGGACUGUAAACCCAUUCCCAACGACUUCAACAUCUCCAGCAAACGCCAUAUCUCCAUGGCUUUCCAUCCCGUUGAAGUAGAAGCGCACUCCAGCAUACACGAGCUAGACAGCACCCGUUUUCACGAACCCGACAGCACUUUUGUACUCGAGAUGCCUGAGCAUUGGUAA